AUGACGGCCUCAGAUAACGGCCUCGAGCCGGCGCAUGUAGCCAGUAUCCCCGGUCGGUCCAUGCUGAUCCUCUACGGCUCAGAGACGGGCAACAGCCAGGACAUUGCCGAGGAGCUGGGCCGGAACGCCCAGCGCCUGCAUUUCAACACCAAAGUAGACGAGAUGAACGGGGCUCAACUGAGCUUGCUGCUUCAGUACACUCUUGUUGUCUUCGUCAUUUCAACAACAGGCCAGGGAGACAUGCCACGCAACUCGACCGUCUUCUGGAAGAGUCUUCUGAGAAAAAAGCUGCCGCCUGGCUGUCUGGGUAACGUCAAGUUUACGACCUUUGGGCUCGGUGAUAGCAUGUAUAUCAAGUUCAACUGGGCAGCCAGAAAGCUUCACAAACGGCUGGAGCAGUUGGGAGCGCAAGAGUUCUACCCUCGAGGCGAAGCUGACGAGCAAGACUCAGAUGGCGCGGAUGAGAGAUACAUGCCAUGGGCCGCCGAUCUCCGCAAGAAGCUGCUCGACCUAUACCCCCUCCCGGCGGGUGUUUCUCCUAUCCCAGAUGAUGCUCUGCUGCCUCCACGGUACAGCAUAUCGUUGUUGAACCUAGACGCGGAGAGCACCAAAGGCCACGAGCCAGACCCUGAGAAAGCCAUUGACGAACUCUCGCAGGAGACAAACUCACUCAAGAUCGCCGAUACACCCCCUUCCACCCUCCUACACAUUCCCUCAAGUCAACCUGCAACACUCACGCACAACACCCGUGUAACCCCCUCCACACACUUCCAAGACGUCCGCCAAAUAACCCUCACCCUCCCCUCCCAGCCGACAAUAUCACCCUUUGACAGCCUGACGAUAUACCCAAAGAACUUCCCUCAAGAUGUUCAGAAGCUGAUCGACCUCAUGGACUGGGGCCCUGUGGUGGAUCUCCCUCUCUCCCUGCCGUCGGACCUCCCCCGCGGGCUCUUCGUCGAUCCCACUACCAGCACCACCCUCCGCCAUCUGCUCACCCACAACCUCGACAUCACGAGCAUCCCUCGCCGCUCCUUUCUCAAAGAAAUGUUCUACUUCACCACGGACGAGUACCACAGGGAACGCCUCCUCGAGUUCACGAUGCGUGAGUACACGGACGAGUUCUACGACUACACCACACGCCCGCGCCGCACCAUCCUCGAGGUCCUCGAAGAGUUCACCUCCGUACGCAUACCCCUCGGCCGCGUGCUGGACAUGUUCCCAAUCAUGCGGGGGCGCGACUUUAGCAUCGCCAGCGUCAGGCAGCAGCAGGACCAAACGACAGAGGUGGAACUGCUGGUGGCGCUGGUCAAGUACAAGACCAUCCUCCGCAAGAUCCGCCAGGGCCUAUGCUCGCGGUACCUCGAGUCGCUGCCGAAGGGCACGCCGCUAAGGAUAACGCUCAACCGCAGCUCCGCGUCGCUCCACGGCUCAGCUCAUGCCCGCAGACCUCUGGUGGCCGUCGCCACGGGCACCGGUGUCGCGCCGCUCCGUCUCUUCAUCGAGGAGCGCCUCUCGCAUGGGGGUGAUGUAGGCAGCACGGCCAUCUUCUUUGGCAACCGCAGCCGCCACGCUGACUUCCACUUUAAGGAUGUGUGGGAGGAUCUCAAGAGCCGGCAGGAGAAAGGCGGGUUUGCGGUGCACACUGCCUUUUCGCGCGACAAGGACACGCCGCGCGAGUACGUCCAGGACGUGAUUCGCAAACGACCGGCCGAGAUCAGGUCCAUGGUCGCCGGCAACGCAGUCUUCGUCGUCUGCGGCGGCAGUCUGAAGAUGUCCAGGGCCGUCAAGGAAGCUGUCAAGAGUUGUUUGGCCGAGGAUAAGGAGGCAUACCCCGACGAAGAGGCAGUGGAGGCGGCUUUCGGAAAGUUGACCUGGUGGGAAGAGAUUUGGUAG